AGGAACAGGUGGACACUAUAAAAGCCCAUUCUCUGCCUCUCUGGAAGCCAGUCACCACACACAACCGCUGGCCCUAAAUCUUCUCUCUGCUCACACGCACGCACACUCUCUCUCUACUUAUAUCCCAUUUUUUGAAAUUUAAACGUAUUCUUAUAAAGAAAAUUACCACAGAAACCAUCUUGCUUUUAAGAGAAAUUAAAGCCAAAUAUAGAGAUCGCAGCCCUAGAAGUGAUCAGGAACAGGCUUGGCAGAUCCAAAAUGAAGCAAUGCCGUCUUCUUUGCUGAAUAUUUUUACGGCGUUUGGAUAAUUUUAUUCUUGUUUCUUUUCAUCAUUUAUUUGUUUCUCGCUGGUUAAGUACACUACAGGUGGUUCCCUCUACAUCUUCAAGAUGGCUUCUACUGCUGCUACUGCUGCUUUUUUUCCAGUUUCUUCAUCAACAGACUCUGUUGCCAAACCCAAAAAUAUUGGAUCUGCUGGGUUGGGAGGUCUCAAAUCGAAAUCCUCUUCUGGGCGUUUGCAGGUUAAGGCUACUGCCCAAGCCCCUUCUAAAAUAAAUGGUACUUCGGUUGGUUUGACAAAACCUGUGGAAGGCCUGAAGAAUGAGGAUGAUAUGCCUUCACCUCCCCCAAGAACUUUUAUUAAUCAAUUACCAGACUGGAGCAUGCUUCUUGCUGCCAUAACAACCAUAUUCUUGGCGGCAGAAAAACAGUGGAUGAUGCUGGAUUGGAAACCAAGAAGGUCUGAUAUGCUUAUUGAUCCAUUUGGAAUUGGGAGAAUUGUCCAAGAUGGUCUCAUAUUCAGACAAAAUUUUUCGAUUAGAUCCUAUGAAAUAGGUGCUGAUCGUACUGCCUCUAUAGAGACAUUGAUGAAUCAUUUACAGGAAACAGCUCUUAAUCAUGUUAAGACUGCCGGUCUUCUUGGCGAUGGCUUUGGUGCAACCCCAGAGAUGUGCAAAAAGAACCUGAUAUGGGUGGUUACCCGAAUGCAGGUUGUUGUAGAUCGCUAUCCUACCUGGGGUGAUGUUGUUGAGGUAGAUACUUGGGUUAGUGCAUCUGGAAAGAAUGGUAUGCGCCGUGAUUGGCUUGUCCGUGAUGGUCAAACAGGGGAAACUUUAACAAGAGCUUCCAGUGUGUGGGUGACGAUGAAUAAACAGACUAGGAGAUUAUCCAAAAUUCCAGACGAAGUCAGGGGGGAAAUUGAGCCUUAUUUUGUGAACUCUGAUCCUGUUGUUGAUGAGGAUAGUAGAAAAUUACCAAAACUUGAUGACAACACAGCUGAUUAUGUUUGCAGAGGUUUAACUCCUCGAUGGAGUGAUUUAGAUGUCAACCAGCAUGUUAACAACGUGAAGUACAUUGGCUGGAUCCUCGAGAGUGCUCCACAGGCAAUCUUGGAGAGUCAUGAGCUUGCAUCCAUGACUUUGGAGUAUCGGAGGGAGUGUGGGAAGGACAGUGUGUUGCAGUCCCUUACUGCUGUCUCCAGCUCUGAUAACGGGAAUUUGGGCCUCUCUGGUGGUGCAGAGUGCCAGCACAUGCUACGACAUGAGGACGGGGCCGAAAUAGUGAGAGGAAGGACUGAGUGGAGGCCUAAAUAUGCAAACAACUUGGGGAAUGUUGGUGAGGUUCCGGUAGGAAGUGCAUAAAACUUGAUCUUUGUGGCAACGAGGCAACAGUCACAUUCCUUGUGUAGAAUCCUGCUUUUGUUCCUGGAUGAUUUAUAUGCUUCUUUAUAUAUAAUGCCUUAUUUGUCUCACUUGGUGUAAGUUGAAUGUAAUUAGCCCUGCUGAAAUCUCGUUAUUACUCUCAUCUCAACCCAACCAAUUCAACUAGCUCUCUUCCCAGGAUGCAGUGCAAAGAUAAAUGACUUGUAUAGGGGGAAAUUUAAGGGUCUCUUGUGUUUGUCCUUGCCUAACCUGUUGACGGGUGUUAAAAGCUUGGUGUUACUCAAGAUCUUUCGUUGAACAUGAUAAUGUAUACUUUAGUGGCUUUUCUUUUUUCUGGUUAGAUUGGGCAAAAAAUUAUGCUGGUGGGUUUGUGCUUCAUAUUUUUAGCUGUAGGGGAAGGCAAUAAUGAUCCUUAUAUAUAUAUAUAUAUUUUUUGUACCUUUGAUUGAA